AUGGCGACGUCGGGAACAUACGUAACUGAGGUUCCUUUGAAAGGAUCGGCGGACCAAUAUUACAAGAGCUGGAAGAGCGAGAACCAUCUUUUCCCUGACGCCAUCGGCCAGCACAUCCAACAUCCAACAUGCAUGUCAUUGUUCACGAAGCCGGUGACGUUCAAAGAGAGGAGGGAGAUAGAUGAUGCAAAUAAAACGUUGACCAAAAGAGGACUGGAGGGUCACCCGAUGGAGGAUCUCAAAGUGUUUGACGUCGUCUACCAAUUUAUUCCCAAAUCUGAGGAUAGCUGCGUCUGCAAAAUCACAAUGAUGUGGGAGAAGCGCAACGAUGAUUUUCCUGAACCAAGCGGUCUCAUGAAGUUCGUCAAGACCAUGGUUGUUGACAUUGAGGGUCACGUCACCAAAGCUUAA